AUUAUAAUAAAAUAAAUACUAACAAAUAAUAGGUAUAUGAAAGCUAAUUGUGAGACAGUAAUAGUUCCCGCUAUUAUUCCGCUUAAUAAUUAAAACAUAUUUCCCCACAGGCCAAAUAGGAGAGAAGAAUAGGAAAACAGCAUUAAAGAAAACAAAAAAAAAACAUGAUCAGUGCAUGAGCCAUUCAAAAUGUAUUUUAGUUCAUACGGUGUUCAUCCCGUAUUCUCCAUUUAGACACAAUACAAAUCACACCUUGUGAAACUGUGUAUGUUGACGAGGCUGAUGAGAGGAGUGUGAUGGUUUCACCAGUGGAUCAAUGGUGUGUGCUGAAUGGCUUUGGUCGGGUAGAGGUGGAGAUCUGACAGCUCCAGAGGUUCACACUGCUGCACAUCUGGUAGUUUUAACAGCAGUUGGCACAAGGAUACAUGGAAACACAACAAAAGAGAAGCAUGAGGCAACACUGUGCUCUCAAACAUGGAAUACUCAAGGAAUUCCUGGCAGAAUUCCUGGGAACGUUUGUCUUGGUUCUGUUUGGCUGUGGCUCCGUCGCUCAGAGCGUCCUCAGUCGAAACACACUGGGUGAGCCUCUCACCGUCCACAUCGGCUUCUCCGUGGGACUGAUGAUGGCGGCGUACGUGGCCGGUGGAGUGUCAGGGGGCCACGUGAACCCUGCUGUGUCCCUGGCCAUGGUGAUCCUGGGCAAACUGAAGAUCUGGAAGUUUCCCUUCUACGUCAUCGCUCAGUUUCUUGGUGCUUUUGCUGGAGCUGCUGCAGUCUUUGGAUUAUACCACGAUGCUUUCAUGGACUUCACCAGUGGGAUUCUGUCCGUGACGGGAAUCAAUGCAACAGGUCACAUUUUUGCUUCCUACCCUGCGAGACACCUGUCAGUCCUCGGCGGCUUCGUUGACCAGGUGGUGGGGACGGGUAUGCUGGUCCUGUGUAUCCUGGCUAUUAUUGAUGGUGAAAACACCGGCACUCCCAAAGGCGUGCAGCCGCUGGCUAUUGGUCUGAUCAUCAUGGCCAUCGGCGUCUCCAUGGGACUGAACUGUGGCUACCCGCUGAACCCGGCCAGAGACCUGGGACCCCGACUGUUCACAGCUGUGGCGGGCUGGGGGAUGGAGGUCUUCAGUACUGCAAACUACUGGUGGUGGAUCCCCGUGGCGGGGCCCAUGGUGGGGGGCGUGGUCGCCGCCGUCAUCUACUAUCUGUUCAUCGAGCUGCACCACCACCGCGAGGAGCCCGAGAAGCCCCACGAGGAGGAGGAAGAGGAGGAGGAAGACGAGGAUGACGAGGACAGCAGCCUGAAGGACAAAUAUGAGAUGAUCACCAUGAGCUAAAAAAAAAAAAGACAUUAACCUCCAUCUGUAAGGACAGACAUCCUCUGUCAGCGUCCACGUCAAUGUUGGACUGUCUCCUUAACUUUUUAUGUUUCAUAAACACAUGACAAUCUCAGUCCUGUGUGCUUCACAUUGUUAUGACUUUUCAUAUAUAUGUUGUAAAUACUGUAUAAUAGAUAUUAGACCCUUUAUUUGGCUUUAUUCACUUGGAAACAUUUGGUACUGGACUUUUAGUUUCACAUGCCUGCCAGACUCCUUUUAGGUUUACUCCCAUUUUCUUCAGUGGUUGUGAUGAUAUUCUCUGUAUAUUCACUUUUUUUUGUUCUAACUUAUAAUUCUUUUCUUCUUUUGCAAACCACGAGGAAAUCGUCCCCCUUGUUAUUUAUUAUUAAUAUUUGUAUUUUCUCUGUGUUGUUUUGUCUACAUUAAAGUUUCUACAAAUAUCGA